AUAAUGGCGCGAAUCCAGCGGCGAAUCCAGUCGAGUACAGCAGCAGCAACCUCGCGACUGAUGUAUACCCGCCGGGGAUGAACCGGGCUCAGUUCACCUCGACAUUCCAAGCGCCUCCUGCAACUUGAAUGCCCGUUAUGGGGCAGACUACGGUCCCGAACAUGGCGCCUCCUGCGCCAGUGCAGUACCAGGCGGUUGCCCCGGCUGGGAACCCCUGGAGUAUGCCACCUUGGCAGAAUGCGGGUCAGUGGCCGGUGAACGAGCAGUGGUGGGGACAGCCUCCUAAUCCGCAACCCGCAAGCAAUCAGCAGCAGAGCAAUCAAGUGCAUCAAACAUCGUCGAAUCAGCAAGCAGUUGUUGUUCCACACAACUCUGGGAAUGGCAGCAGCAUCGGAAAGGGCCCGACUGCGAAUGCUUUCCCUGGGCCUGGAAAUCGGGCAUAUUUUACGAAGGAAUACAUGGAUAUCCUGGAAGAUAUCAAGAUGAGUAAAGCGGUGGAAGAAGCACGCAAGAAGAUCGCUAGUGGACGACGUGGCGGCUUGCGAAAUCAGGAUCUGCCUGAUGAAGGUAGCAGAUCGGAAGUGCGCUCGACCAACAAGGUGCGUUCCGCUAAUAAGAGUGAGGAAAUGAAAGCUUGGGUGACGGCAACACUGGGCGAUUCGUUGAAACUAAUCACUGAGAAGCUCCAGGAGGUGGAUCAAAAAGCCAAGUUGACGCUAGCUGAGAAGGAAGAACUCAACAACCUGCGUGGGGCGAAAGCUCGGCAAGAGAAAGAAUGCAAGGACCCGACAAGUAACGAGAAGAGGAAGAGAAGAGGGAAAUGUACCCCAGUAGCCAACUCACCUCGCUUGAACCACGUGAAGUCUCGCACAAGUGCAAGCAGCAAGACCAAGUCGCGCUCUAAGAGGAUCGUGGUAUCGUCCGAUGAAGAAGAGGGUGGUACGGUGAAGCAGAAUCUUCAGCCAAAGAUGGACACGAGCAGCGAACUGGCGGAUAUCAAGUCAAUGUUAGUGGCACUCUUACAAGGAAUCGGCAAUACCAAAGGGAAGGCACCGGUCAUACUGCUGAAGUCGGUCAAAGGAGAAGCGAGUGUGGAAUCUGAGGGGUGCGAAGAUGUGGAUGUGGUUCAGAAUGAACCCAAUGACGAGGAAGAAGAAGAUGAUGAAGGAGGGUUGGCCGCUUACAUGAAGCAGCGUCAAGAGUUCUACUACUCCUUGCAAUACACUCGCGUGCAAGAGCUUUGCAAGCAGAAGAAUAUACAGUACUUCCGGAAGGACGCAGGCGCUUGGGAGCUUGCAAGGUUGGACCUGCAGGAAUAUGCCAACUUGCUGAAGGAGGAAAAGCCGGCGCUGUCGGAGGGCGCGGUGUCCUGGCCCUCCUCUGUGUACCGGAUCCCUGCUCAGUACUAGUUCCACGUCUCGACUUGUUGUUCUCCAGGCGCGGUUCGUGCUAUAGAUGGAUUUGAUACU